AUGAAGACGGCAAUAGUGACUGGUGGAACGCGUGGAAUUGGGCUUGGAAUUGCAAAAUGCAUGGCUCGGGAUGGAUACAAUCUGGUGUUAGGUUAUCACAAAAAUCAUGAAGCAGCGAAGAGUGCUCAGACAGCAAUCGAGAAUGAAUUUAGUGUCAAAGUGGUAUGCUGCGGUGGAGACAUUGCUCUUCCCGAUACGAUGGAACAUCUCUUCACCACCGUACGUACCCAUUUUAACAAUGAACUUACAGCACUUGUACACAAUGCUGGACUUCAUGUUGGCGUUACAACCGAGUUAACGGAUGUUCAGCCAAAAGACGACAACGACUUCGAAGCAUACUUCGACUACUAUCAAAAAGUCUAUCCACGUGCUUUCAAACGAGGCUUGCAACUAGCAUUAACAUGUACAGGUCUGCGUCAUGUGAUUGCGGUUUCGAGUCCAGGUUGCAAUUGUAAUCAAUCGCCACGCAUAUCCUACGAAAAUCCAGGUCAAGCAAAAGCCAGUAUGGAAUUUCUAGUGAGGCUGCACGCCCGCAUAUUAGCUAACAAGGGAAUUAACGUCAACUGUGUUAUUCCAGGUUUUGUCAAGACAGAAGCGUGGGAUAAUUUGUUCGAAAAAAAUAAAGUCUCGCCUGAUGCCAUCGAAGAGAGGGUGAAGAGUUCGCCUGCUGGGCGUUGGGCUAACCCAUCGGAAAUCGGUGAAGUAGUGGCCUUUUUAUGUUCUUCACGUGCCGAAUUCAUCACCGGCGUCGCAUUACCUAUUGAUGGUGGACUGCAUCUUAUCGGCUGA